AUGUUACUGCCUCGAGAAUUUCUCUUACGUUCAAUUCUAUUAAUCAUCACUAUGUCGAACAUUCAACAUGUUGUAUCCGCAAAAAGGUUUAAUAUCACUUUAAAAGCUCCUGGUAACACGUCAGCACCAACAUCCACUAAACAUAAAUCAGUCCAUGUUCUAUAUAUUCCAACGAACGACGAGAGACAACAAGGAACCAUUGUUGGUUUUGAACCAUUAAUCCAAUUUCAUCAACGAGCAGUUCAACAAUUGACUGUGCAUAUAUGUAAUUCACGAAUAUCGGGAACCGUUUGGUACGAUGAUGAAGAUGUUUGUGAUAAUGCUCGGUCAAUGUUAAUUUAUGAAUGGACACCUUCGUCAUCAGCGGCUAUUUUUCGCUUAUCAGAUGACUGUGGUUUCGAAUUCGAUGACACACAUUCUAUUAUAUUGUCGGUCACAUAUCAGAGAGAAAGACGACUGCACAAAGAACAAUCUGGCAUCAUUUUGUACAUAUCCACUCACUCCCCUCGAUAUCAUAUGGCAACUAUGAUAGUCGGAAACAAACAGAGAGGAACACGUUUUUCUUGUCGGCCAUCGACUUCACCGCGUUUACUCUAUGCCGUGAAAAACUUGAAUUCAAAUGCAAAUAGACUUCCAUGGCGUAUGCAUAUUAUUCGAGUUCGUCUAUUUGGACGGAAACUAGUGCAACCGGUGUUCGAUUCGAGAAUGGCAACCAAUGCUAAUCAAACUUCGAUCGAAAUAGCUCUUCCCGAUCUCUUUCUUAUGAAAGGCGAUUAUCUAUUAACAGAAUGCGACUAUCCAAUCGAAUUCAACUGCUAUUUCCUUGUCUACUAUAUCUAUAAAACCCAAUCAAUACCCAAUGCAAAGACUUGUGAAGAUAAUAAUCAUGCAGAUCUAUUCAAAUUAAUACCAUCUAGAGAGAAAACCAAUGAGAAUCAAACUGUAGCAAAUUCCAUCCACAUCGAUGGUUCAUCAAUUUUCUUAAUUGUAUGCCUAUUAUUGUUAAUCAUUUGGAUAUCAAUUAUUAUCGGUUGUAUCAUAAUGCGCCGUAUUCGUGGACUAGUCAAUUUCCGAACGGAACCCACAUCUUCAUUUUCGACGCAGAAGAAUAAGUUGCUGCGUGGCGCAGCAGCUACUAAUGAUAAUUACCAUCGAACAGGUGAAGUCGAUCAAAUUAUGCAGAUGGACGCUGAUCACGGUGGUCUGAUGGGUUAA